AUGAGCAGAGGAGAGGUGGCAAAUGGAGUCAAUUGUUACAUGAAGCAACAUGGUGUUACCAAACAAGCAGCUGUUGAAGAAAUGAGGAAGAUGGAAAGAGAGAACUAUAAGAUAAUAAUGGAGGAAUUCAUGACGUCAAAAGCUGUGGUCUUGGAUGAUACAUAUGAUGCAUAUGCCACUCUUCCUGAAAUCUACAAGCAUACCAUACCAAGGUCUUCAAGCAAAGAGGAACGCUUUGAACAUUAG